GUUUCUGCAAGUCUUUGACUGAUUCGCUUUCUCUCUCAUUCUUUGGCGUGAACUUGGAAAUGACUUUUGAGGAUCUCAAAGCCAAACCCAUGAAGGACCAACCUGAUGAGACGUCAAACCGGAAGAAAGGUAAAGGUCUCGGCUGUCUUUCAUCUCCAUGGUGGUGCCUGGCUGCUGUGUCUCUUGGGAUCAUUUGUCUGGGAUUACUGGUGACCAUUGCAAUGCUGGGGAUGCAACUAUUGCAGGUAUCUGAUCUCCUAAAGCAACAGCAAGCAAACCUGACUCUCCAGGAAAAUAUGCUGGAGGAACAGCUAUUAGCUCAACAGCAGAGAGAAGAAGCUUCCCGAGAGUCACAUAAAGAACUCAAGAAUAUGAUAGGAACUCUCGCCAAGCAGCUUCAGGAGAAGAUUGAAGCGGAAACAGAACUUAACCGUCAGUACCUGACUCUCCAAGAAGCCCUCAAGAGAAUGGAAAACUUCUCAGGUCCUUGUCCCCAAGAUUGGCUCUGGCAUGAAAAAAACUGCUACCUAUUUUCCUCUGGAUCAUUUAAUUGGGAAAAGAGUAAAGAGAGAUGCUUGUCUUUGGAUGCCCAGUUAUUGACAAUAAACAGCACAGAAGACCUGGACUUUAUCCAGCAAACAAUCUCCCACUCCAAUUUCCCAUUCUGGCUGGGGUUGUCUCGAAGGAAACCCAACUACUCAUGGCUCUGGGAAGAUGGUUCCCCUCUGAUGCCUCGCUUGUUCAGAUUCCAAGGUGCUGUUUCCCAGAGGUACCCUUCAGGCACCUGUGCAUAUAUACAGAGGGGAAACAUUUUUGCUGAAAACUGCAUUUUAGUUGCAUACAGUAUUUGUCAGAAGAAGGCAGAGCUGCUGACAUCGAGUGAAUUUGAAUACCCUAGCAGAAAAGAAGGACACUGAGCUUGAGUUUGGAAUUUAAGCAAUUUCUUGUCACUUGGGUGCAAACUAUGAGAGCUCUGGGAGCUGCCAGUUAUCAGCCCGCUGUUCAACAAAUUAUCAGAGACAAGGACUGGGGGAUCUGGCUGCCUGAUACCUUUAUGGCAAAAGUUCUUAUUUAAUUCCUGUGUCUGUCUACCUAUAGCUGUCAUUUAUGUGUCCAUCUGUAUCAUUAUCUGUAUCUCAUUAUCGACCAUUUGUAUUUAAAAUGUGGCUCCUCUCCCAGCUUGGAGCCCUCUUGAUUUAGUCUUCUCUACCUCAAUGCACCUCUCCCUCACCCUCCUGAAGCUGCAUGGAAAACAACAAGGACAGCUUGCCCAACGGCAGGCAGAAGGCAGAAAAGGGGAACUAUGCCUGGGAAACAGUGCAACAUGAAGAAACGUGACAGGGGAAAGGCCACACGGAAACCGAGCUUGUGUUCUCAACUCCAAACUCAUUGCUCGUUGGUCUUUGGCAUUGUGGUCCAUGUUCACACUACACACACCCACACUGCUUGUUUUGGGAACCUAAAGGCAUCCCGGGAAGGAAAUAGUAGUUGGACGGUCUUUCCUGUGAACUAAUCCACGACAUAUGAUCACUUUCUGAACCUGUUACUUCUUCAUCUUGUCUCUAUCAAAAAACAGCUUAACAGCUUUAAGCCCAGAGACAAAAACUUAUAGCUUUUUUUUUAACCCUAAAACACAUGUCCAUCAUGGGUGCCUCUCGUCAGACUGUGUUGAGGUAUGUAUAGUUCAGAAAAAUGCAAGAUUGAAAAAUGAACACACACAGUUCCAGAACAAACUAAGCCAGUUCUCCAAAUGUCGCGGAAGAAAAUCCGACAGAAAUAGAAAUGUCCUUUCUAUUUUCACCUCCUUCGUGGGCCAUCCUACUUUACAAGGAUUCUGCUUUGUUUCCCAUUUUUGCAGCACUCCAUCCAGCACCAAUCUUCUAAAAACCGAAACUGGGUUUUUCCAAGAAAGACAUGAGACGUUAUUUUUUGCGAACAGUUUUAUUGAGUGUCGUUGGCAUGGAAAAAUAGAGCCUGUUUAAGGGAUAUGAUGUUCACAAGGGAACGUGUUUCCUAUCAUGAGAGUGCCUGCAUCCAAGGAAAGGUUUCAUCACAGCUCUUCCGGUGCCCCCUCCCCAGACAACAGCCGGCUCGCUUCCGGCUUGCAGCUUAUACAGUGUCCCAUGAAUGAAAUCCCAGAGGACACUGUUUGCUUGUUUGCUCUUUGGUCCAGUUCCUCACACUUCACAUAGUUCCUUUGAUUUGUAUGUCUCCAUAUUCUUGUUCUAUCAAUAUUUCCUUUUUAAAAUGUUUGGCAUUUCCUAGUGUGCGUACACCACAGAUUAUCUACUUGUCUGUUAAUGACAUCGGGGUUGUUUCAGCUCGGAAAUAUUAUGAAUAAAGCUGCCAUGAAUA